AGGAGUGUGUGCUCUGGUGUGGACAUAAUUUAAUUGACCUGGGCUUUGCAUUAUUUUCACUUCAGAACUCUGGAGUAACCAUGAGAGGAGAGGUUGUAAUUGUACUGUGGCUGGCCUUCGCUGUGGCACACUCUGAGGAAGAAAAUAAGACCACCACCACAGCCCAGGACAACUCAACCACCAGUUCAGACUGGGGCAUUGGAUCCAUCCGAGAUGGCUUUGAGACCGUCAAUGGAUACUUUGACUCAUUUCUAGAGCUCCUCGGUGGCAGGAAUGGAGUGUGUCAAUACAAGUGCCGAUAUGGGAAGGCACCUCUACCGAGGCCAGAUUAUAAAACACCUGAGCCAAAUGGCUGUAGCUCAAGUUUCCUUGGACUCAAGGUACCAGACACAUUUGAUUUGGGAAUCCCAGCCAUGACCAAGUGUUGCAAUCAACUCGAUCUUUGUUACGACACUUGUGGAGCCAACAAGUACCGGUGCGAUGCCAAGUUCCGUUGGUGCCUCUAUGGAAUUUGCUCUGACCUCAAAAAAAGUUUGGGCUUUGUGUCUAAGGUUGAAGCUUGUGAAUCAGUGGCGGACACCAUGUUCAAUGCGGUCUGGACCCUGGGAUGCCGGCCUUUCAUGAACAGUCAGAGGUCAGCAUGUACGUGCGCUGAGGAGGAAAGAGAUGAGCUUUGAUAACGAAGACUGUAAUACUGCACGUGUGCGCAUUUGUAUGUACAAUGUGGCUCUCCCCUCUGUGACUAUAUACAGCACAUGACUUUCCAUGUACGUAAGCAGUAAGUCUCCCUAUUGGUGCCUGUAUAUACAACACUGGAACUACCUGUUGACUUAUUUAUUUCCUGGUCUUUUCAUGGAAUGAUACAGAACAAGGCCAUUUACCCAUCAUAUCUUUGAUGGCUCUAUAGUUUAUAAAGAUUUCAUGUCAAUUUACGGGAGACAUUUACUACUUUUUCCCAAAAUAUCUUGGAGCAGGUUUGGGUGCUUCACAUGAUCGAUAAAGGAUCUUUACUUGCAAAAUGUUCUUCCCCUUCCAAUAUUAUUCUGUGUCUUUCUAUGUUAAGCAAUAUCUUUAGCUUCGAGAAUGUGGUAUAAAUGUAUGCUGGGAAGAACUUGUCCUAAUUUCUGAGGAACACUGCUUACCACCAACAGGUGUUGUACACCAAAGUGUUGUACACCAAAGUGUUGUACAGUCCACAACACACAUUAAGUGCUGAAAAAUAUAUAGUAGAAGGCAGAAUUCUUGCUGCUUAUGGCCUGGCUUCAGUAAUCUGACCUUGUGCACCCCAGUUAAUAGAGUCAUAGAGACACACAGUAUGGAAACAGUCCAUUCAGCCCACUAGAUUCAUGCUGACCAGAGGACAUCCAUCCAUAUUAAUCCCAUCUCCCAGCACUUGGUCCAUGACCUCCUAUGCCAAGGCAAAUCAAGUGCCUGACUAGACACUUCUUGAAUACCAUUAGUAACUCUCUUAGUAACUCUCUUCUGCCAGUCUCUUAGACAGUGUAUUCCAGGUGCUCACCACUCUCCGGGUAAAAAAGGUCCCCCUCAAAUCCCCUCAGGAAAGGUCCCCUUCAAAUCCCCUCUUACACCUUAUGCUAAAUCUAUGUCCUCUAGUUUUAUCUACCUCUGACAUGGGGAAUAGUUUCUUGCAGUCUACCCUAACCAUACUCCUCAUAAUUUUAUAUACCUCAAUCACGUCUCCGCUUAAGCUCCUCCACUCCAGGGAAAACAGACCCUGCAUCUUUGGUGUCCGGUGUCUUGGAGUCAGUCUGCAGUAGAUCUCUUCCCAUCUGAGACAUUAAGAUACAGAAAGCAAGCUCUUCAGCCACAGAAUCCCAGACACUGAGCAACACAAAUCAUCUUCCCUGUUGACUGCGCAGUUGACUGGUUACUCUACUCCAUUUCAGCUGCUCUCUCCGCUGCAUGGGAAUUGGAUUUAUUUGGUUUUGUAGCACGAAAACAACCACAUUUUAAUUAUUGAACGGUGGGGAAAAUCUUUUCUGUUGAGAAUGAACAAAAUUGGAUCAAUCUGUUUUUUUUAAAAUAAAUCUUUGAAAAUGUGGCUGAGUGCAGUGUGCUGUGACAGGAAUAAAUACACAACACUGAAACCAUUCCGUUUCACUACAUUCCCUAGUCCACAGCAACCCAGCACUGGUGUUGGGGGUGAGUUUCUAUGUACUUGUGCAUCUGUAUGUGUUUGUGUAAGUGUAUUUGUGCCUGUCGAUCUCAAUGACUGUACGUCAUUGCUCUAUAACCAUUGUGUUAUGCAUAAAUCACAAGAUCAACAUUUUCUUACCAUGAUACAUCCUAACUAAUGCGGCCAAGUCCUGACCAUCAUCACCAUGAAGCAUUGGUUAAAAGAUGAGUGAAGCUCCAUGCUUGUGUUCAAUGGUAUAGAGAGGGUCUUGACCUUGGUUAGGGAUUUGAACAAGGUGAUGAUAAUUAUUACAAGUAAAAGAAAAAAAAUGCUGUUGUUAUGGAGAGAACGUAGUUAUCUUAGUACUGGAGGAGAUAUGGGUUUAACACCCUAGGCCUGAGCUAAGUAAGAGGCCCUUGUUGAAAAGUCUGGUUAGCCCAAUACAGCAGGCAGGAAUGGAUACAGAAUAAGUAGGUAGGUAAAGGGAUUUUUGGUGGAGACUGAAGACAAUUAUUUUCGUCUUAACAAUGUUUAAAAGGGGAAAAUAUUUGCUUUUCCGAGACUGGAUGUCAGACAAACAGUCUGACUGCUCACACAGAGAGUGGAAAGGUUGAAAGAAAUGGUGAGUUUGAGCGCGGUGUCAUCAAAAAAUAUUGGAAAUGGAUAUCAUGCAUUUGGAUAACGCUGUUGGGCAGUUGCAUGGAGAUGAGUUACAGGAGGGCACCAAGGGUUCUCGAGUUAUCAUAGAGUCAUGACAGCACGGAAACAGGCCCCUUGGCGAAUCAAAUCAUUGCUGACCAUCACACUAAUCCUACACUAAUCCCAUUUUAUUCUCCCCACAUUCCCAUCAACUCCCCCUAGAUUCUGUGGCGCCGAGGAAGGAACAUAAGUCAUUACAGGAGAGU